AGCAGCAGGAGCAACAUGGCGCCGGGCGGCGGGGGCGGGGGCCUGGGCCCGGGCCCGGCGGGAGGACGGGCCCGAGGGCGCCUCCUCCUGGCGGCGCUGGGGCUGCUGCUGUGGGUCCGGGGUACCUGGGGCCAGGACCAGUCCAAAAUCUUUGGCAUGAGGCUGGAUACCUGCAACAGUACGUGCGGGAUCAACUCGGAUGGCAUCCUCUACGUCACCGAGGGCAGCAUGGUGAGGCUGAGACUAUAUGGCAUCAACUUAGACGACUACUCCCUUGGCCACAUCACCUUCACUGAGCUGGAGACCAUGCAGGACAUCUACGAAACCAACGUCUGCAUCGGGAUCUCCAGGGACCUGUUGAUCCACAAGAUUAUCAACGUGAGCACCGACAACUCGAUCAUGUUGCUGCUCAUGGAAAGCAAGUACCUGAGGAGGAGCGAGAACUCGAGGCUUUACGGCCUGUGCACCUGGGGUGCGGGGCAGUGGCUCAGGUGGCCCGGCACGGACACCUUGCUCUUCCUCAUGGAGGGCGAGAAGAGGAUAAUGCCCCUCUGGCUGAACAUUGUGCUUCUCCUGGUGCUGCUGGUGCUCUCUGGCAUCUUCUCAGGCCUCAAUCUCGGUCUCAUGGCCCUGGACCCCAUGGAGCUGAGGAUAGUACAGAACUGUGGUAAGGAGAAAGAGAAAAGGUAUGCCCGAAAGAUUGAGCCCAUUCGAAGUAAGGGCAACUACCUUCUCUGUUCCCUGCUCCUGGGCAACGUGCUGGUCAACACCUCCCUCACGAUCCUUCUGGAUAACCUUCUUGGAUCGGGAGUGGUGGCCGUGGCCUCCUCCACUAUUGGCAUUGUCAUUUUUGGGGAGAUUGUACCCCAGGCGUUGUGUUCCCGCCACGGCCUGGCCGUGGGGGCCAACACGCUCAAUGUCACUAAACUGUUUAUGAUCAUCACUUUCCCCUUAAGUUAUCCCAUCAGCAAGGUUUUGGAUUAUGUCCUUGGUCAGGAGAUUGGUACCAUCUACAACAGGGAAAGGCUGAUGGAGAUGCUCAAGGUGACCCAGCCGUACAACGAUCUGGUGAAAGAGGAGCUCAAUAUGAUCCAGGGAGCCCUGGAACUAAGGACCAAAACGGUGGAGGAUAUCAUGACCCAGCUCCACGACUGUUUCAUGAUCAGAAAUGAUGCCAUACUGGACUUUAACACUAUGUCAGAGAUUAUGGAAAGUGGGUACACACGCAUCCCCGUGUAUGAGGAGGAGCAGUCCAAUAUCGUCGAUAUCCUCUAUGUCAAGGAUCUGGCCUUUGUGGACCCGGAUGACUGCACUCCUCUGAAAACCAUCACUCGUUUCUACAACCAUCCAGUUCAUUUUGUCUUCCAUGACACCAAACUGGACGCCAUGCUAGAGGAGUUCAAGAAGGGGAAGUCACAUCUGGCCAUCGUGCAGAAGGUGAACAAUGAGGGUGAGGGUGACCCAUUUUAUGAAGUCUUGGGAUUGGUGACUCUGGAGGAUGUCAUUGAAGAGAUCAUUAAAUCGGAGAUCCUGGAUGAGUCCGAUAUGUACACUGACAACCGGAGCCGAAAACGAGUAACCAAUCAAAAGAACAAGCGAGAUUUCUCAGCUUUCAAGGACAAUGAGUUGAGAGUGAAAAUCACACCUCAGCUGCUUCUGGCUGCUCAUCGAUUCCUGGCAACGGAAUUGCCCCUAUUCAAUUCCUCAAUUAUAUCUGAGAAGAUCCUCCUUCGUUUGCUUAAGUACCCAGAUGUCAUUCAAGAGCUAAAGUUUGAUGAACACCAUAAACUUGCUGCCCGUCAUUAUCUUUAUGUUCGAAACAAAGCUGCUGAUUACUUCAUCCUCAUAUUACAGGGAAAGGUGGAAGUGGAAGCUGGGAAGGAGAACAUGAAGUUUGAGACAGGUGCAUUCUCCUACUACGGGAUCAUGGCGCUUACCUCGCCUCUUAACAUGGGUGGAGAAAUCAUCAAAGGAAACUUCUAUUCUGGACCUGAUUCAGACCUACAAGAAAAAACUGGUUUCUUGGGUGGAAAUGAUGGGAACCUCGGGGACCGUUCCGUGUCCUACCCAAAUAGCCUCAGCCGUUCACCUUCUGUCAACUAUCAAGAGCGCACAGAUAAUUUGAUUACCAGUGUAUCCCCCACUGCCACCAGCAACUCACUAACCCAGUAUGUCUCAGACUUCAGUGUCCGGGCUCUUACAGAUCUGCAGUACGUUAAGAUCACACGGCAGCAGUACCAGAACGGGUUGAUGGCCUCAAGAAUGGAGAGCAGCCCCCAGACUCCUGUAGACAGCCUCACUCCUGAAGGCGUAUUGUUAGAGAAGGUGGAGCUACAAAUGACUGAUGAAACUACAAGCCUUCUCCAUGAGCAAAAUUCUGUCCUGAACAAACCCACUCACAACUCCCAUGAGAGCUCCAUGUGACAGGAGGGCCCGGGGCCCCCUAUCAAUCCCUUGGGGGCCUCCCUAGUGGGCCCACAUCCACAGAGGGAGCAGAGCAGACAGGGGACCAUGGCCCCAACCACCCCCUUGAUAACCUGUCUGUCUCUCCAAACAGAUGUUCCCCAGCUUGUUUUAGGCAGGGAGGAGGCUCUGCCCUUCCACAGGGAGCCUUAGCAGAAUUUCCAGGGAAUAGCAGUUUCCUGGAAUUUCUGUAGGAUUGCCUGAGUAGUACUGCCCAGGGGCAGAUCCCUGGAACAAUUGUGAAGGGGCAAGGAUUUUGUUUUUUAAACUGAGAGAAUUUCUAAAGAAA